CAGAAGUUUUGGGCCGAUCGAUCGGAGGUUAACUGGAGGCCCUGUCCAGUGUUAACCUCUGAGGUCCGACGGGGUGGCCGUGAGCCGUCGGCGUCAAACGUGGGGAAUGGCGGCGGCGUCGUCGCAUCUCGAUCUCGGCGGUGGCACGAAGCGGCGGCGAAAGGAGGAGGAAGUAGAAGCAGGUGUGGAGGCGGCAGAGGACCACAUCUCGGAGCUGCCGGAGGCGCUGCGGCUGCACGUCCUCUGUCUGCUCCCGCUCAAAUCCGCCAUCCGCACGGGCGCGCUCUCCACCGGGUGGCGCUCGCUCUGGACGCGCCGCUGGCCGGCGCCCUCCUCCCUCGACUUCCACCUCGGCACCCACGACUCCCCCCAUCCGCUCCUCGAAACCCUGGAGCGGCGCGGGCGGCGUCGUCUGCAGCGGUUCGCCCUCUCCUUCGACAUUGGCGAGCUCCAGGCCGAGCACUUCCGCCGCUGCCUUGAAUACGCGGCCGCCUGCGCCGUCGAGGACCUGCACGUCCACCUGGCGCACAGCGUCUUCAACAUCUUCUUCAACUACCGGCUCCCGCUGGGCGACCCCCACCUCGCGCGCCUCUCGCUCGGCGCCAUGACCGUCGGCCUCCCCGACUCCUUCUCCGCCCGCUCCCACCCCUUCUCCGCCCUCGAGGUCAUCCACCUCCACUGCGUCCGCAUCUCCGACGGCACACUCCGUAGCCUGGUCGCCGCGUGCCCCCUCCUCCACACCCUCGAUUUGCGCUACUGCGAAGGCCUCUACUUCAUCAGCGUCGCCGCGGCCGGGGCACGCCCGAGGAGCCUCACCGUUGCACAGUGCGGUUCGGACACCGAAGUUUUUCUUGCCGACGAUGCGUCCGGCCUGCGCUCAUUCCACUACAGCGGCGCCUACAUGCCUGCCUACCGCAUACCGGCCACCACCGCUCUUGCUGACCUUUACAUCUGCUUCGGAGGACCUGAACGCCGGGGGCGGCGCAGAAACUGGCUUCAACUACUAACCAAUCUGUCCAACCUCACUGUGCUUACCCUCUGCAGCAGAGUCCUACGGAGACUGUCUGCCGAAGCUCGUGCCAGGUUAGUUGCCACAAGUGCUGCACCAUGCAAAUUGCUGAAUUUGAGAGAGCUUCAGCUACUGAUGUUCGCAUUGGAGAUCGACAACAUGAACGACAUUUACUGUUUCCUCGUGACCUGCUGUGGCCCUCGAUUGGAGAGGUUAUUUGUGCAGCUUCCUACAAGUAGUUAUCAAGAUAAGCCAGAGGAUGAACCAUCAGGAUCAGAAUCAGAGGAAGAUGGGUCAGUGGAAGAGCUAUCAGAGCAAGAGGCAUCAGAUGAAGAUGAGCUAGAUGAACACUUUUCAGAAGGAGAAACACUGGAGAAAGAUGGGCUAGAGGAAGAGCUGUCUGAGGGAGAUGCCCUGGAGGAAGAGCUGUCAGAGGGAGAUGAGCUAGAGGAAGAGCUGUUAGAGGGAGAUGACCUAGAGGAAGAGCUGUUGGAGGGAAUUGAACUCGAGGAAGAGUUGUCAGAGGGAGAGCCACCUGAAGAAAAUCAAUCACAGAAACAUGGAUCGAUGGAAGAGAUAUCUGAUGGAGAUGGCUUUGAAAACCUUCUGUUGGUCAACAUGAUGAAUAUCAAGGGGCGCCACAAUGAGAUGCAGCUAGUAAGCCUUUUCUUGAAGAAGUCUACAAGUCUCAACCAACUGAUACUGUUUACUCCCAAGAUUGAUCACCCAGAAUGGCUUCAGAAAGAUCAUAUGAAUACUUCACAUAUUCUUGACAGAAAACUAUCGCCUCUCAGAAAGGCCUCACCGAAUGUUCAGAUAGUUCUCAGUGAGCCUGAUGAUAGUGCAAUCCAGCCGUUGCACGAGGCUUUUGUCAAGGUUUAAUGAUUUGUUUGUUGUGGAGUUAUGACCAGAUAAUGCGAAAUAUCAGAAACAAAGAACUAUUAGGCAAGGCAAAGAACAAGCUAAUCUGCAAGGUAGGCAGGAUGCUGUGUUCUGUAGUGCAUCAAGGAUCAUUGAGUAUGUUGUCUGAGACUUAUACUUUGCAGCCUAACUCCUUAAGACUCAUCAAAAAUAUGAUGGGUCUACAUUAACCUGUUGCCUUGUUGGUGACAGGAAAGUAUUACAAAAACACUGUAGAAAGCUGAGACUUGGUGACAGGAAAGUAUUACAAGAACAAGAGUGCUUUAAUCAGCCGGCAUGAUCAUUAAAGGAUUUUUGUCCUGAAAUGAAGAGAAAACACCAGAUCGUGUACACCAAUAUGGGAGCUCAAGCAGCAUGAAUCAUGGAAACUGCACCCGGAUGGUGGCAGUUGAGGCCUCCCAAAUUCUUCUUCUUCUAUAUAUCUAUUGUCGGUUGCUGACUUCUCUGAUGCAUCCGAAUAUUUGUCCCUGUCUACUGUAAAUCCAUUGUGGUCUGCCACUUAACUUAACCGGUUAGGAUGAGCGCUGGAAUUUGUUGAGAUCUGAUCGUCAGGGCAUCUACAAUGCUAGGAGCUUACAUAGGCGCUUAUAGACAAAAUAAUAAAUAAAUAAAAAUCUGAAACACACCUAAGCGCCUCAUCCCUCAACGCUAGACGCUAAUUAACUAAACAACGUGGACGCUAAGUACUGGAACCAGGUGCAUGGUUUGGCGUCGAUGACAGGGUUGACACCAGGAUUACACCCAGCAACCGCUAAUCUGCCGGGAUUACGAACCUGGCGCCUGGCCUAAGCGCCCAGCAAUGGAGAUGCCCUCAGAGCACCAUGCCUUAAACACAUCUGAGAAUAGAUUGGUAAGAUCAAGGAGCGAAGAGGUAGUUGUUCCUUGUGCAGAACAAGAACAAUGCCAUUUUCUUAUAUUUGCCUCAUCAAUCACUUGGCAGCUCGCCUCAGAUCAGAGGGCCGAGUGCAUGACUGACCUUGAAACAUAUAUCUCGAUUUACAAACCGUGGAUACUUAUAUCUCGAUUUACACACCAUUCAUUCACGGAUAGCCAAGAUGGGAAGGAAUAAAAAUGGAGAAGCAGAAAAAAAA